AGACAGCGAGAGCAUUUGGUGAUCAAGACAUCAUAGACCACGUGACCCCUGUCGACGAAAGAGAGUGAUCUCAUGUUGUUUGGAUCUUCAGCAUAGAUUGCCCAACUGGGACACCUGCUGUGCAAGGUAGCUUUGCAGGAGGCCUCAAAUUGUGAGACACGCUGAGACUCAUCGAAUGAUCUCCUUUUUAUUUUGGCACAUUCGAUGCUUGGAUGUAUACGCAAAUUUGACGACAUGAUGUCCUGCAGACUAUAAGAACCAUCAACAAUCCGUCCGCUUCAAACUGAUGUAGCAGGAACAACAAAUUCAUUGUCAGUUAGCGUCCACCACCACAGAAGUUCCGUGAGAUCGCUAUUUUCCAUCAUGAAGGUCCCUUGCUUCCUUGUAUUUCUUGCGACGACUGUGUCUGCCCAGAAUGUCGCCAUCGGUUUGCCCUGCGAAGGAGAGAACUUGAGUCUGGGAAGUUCGACUGUGGUGCAAAUCCAAAGACCGAAUUCCCUCACAGGGUCUCAGGAAAUAGCCGUUGCGAUCGGUCUAUCAUCUUGCGCGGACUCCAAGUGUUAUUCCUCGGAAGACGUCAUGGGCGCUAUUUUAUAUAACGGUCCCUUCAAGCCAGAGUAUCAUGAAUCCGGCCAGCCACCUUAUCAGAACUUCAGCGUGAAUAUUCCCGAGUCUAUUGGAAAAGGGACGGCGCAACUCAACAUCGCUCAUGUCUCCUUGGUUGGCGCUGGCCCUUUUCCGUUUAUGGAGACAUUGAACCGGACAGUCCUUAUUGCUUAGCAUGCCUCUGAGUCAUUGGAGCUCGGUCUAUAACAUUACUUAUUUAAAGAAAGUCUGAUUGUUGGUGGA